GCUGCGCUCUCGGGUUUCACAGGGGGUGGAUGGAGCAGGUGCUCUCUGCUUACCGCACGCUAUUGCUAGGCGACCGGCGUGCCCAGUGACCCGUUUCAGGUUUGCGCUCUCACUCUAACGAGCCUGUCUUUAUCAUCAGCUCCCUGCUAAACCCUACGCAGAGUUUCAUACCCAUAGUGUCGGUAGGCUAUACCUGCCAGACGAGACAGAAGAUGUCUGGUUCGGGGAAUGGAGUGAUGCUGGUGUUCGGAGUGGCGGUGCUGCUUGCGGUGUCUGCUAUGACCGAGCCAUCAAUCAAUGCAUCAGACCACCUCACCCUACUAACAGAUUACCAUGGGCCGCCAGUCACACUCCAGUGUAACCUGACUUCCACAUACAAUCAACAGGAGAGCUUUUGGAUGAAGAACGGAGAGGAGAUCCAAGGAACCCGGACAGAGCUGAAGGCCAUUGAGUACACUAUCCUUAAACCGAGGGCAGAUGAUGCUGGAGAGUAUAUGUGUGUGUACAUAUUUGAAAAUGGCCCACCCGUCAAUGCCACCAUUGAAGUGAAAGCUGCUCCAGACAUCACUGGACACAAGCGCAGUGAGAAUAAGAAUGAGGGAGAAAGCGCUGUCCUCUACUGCAAGUCGGUUGGCUACCCUAACCCUGUCUGGUCCUGGCGCAAGCUAGACAACGGUGUCCCUUUUGAGAUUGACAACUCCUCCCGCCGCUUUUUCAUCAGCAGCAAGGACAACUACACAGAGCUGUCAAUCAUUAACCUGGACAUCAAUUCUGAUCCUGGAGAAUACGAGUGCAACGCCACUAACAUUGUUGGCACUUCUCGCAUGACCUCAGUGCUUCGUGUGCGGAGUCACCUGGCUCCCCUCUGGCCCUUCCUGGGCGUCGUUGCUGAAGUCCUCAUUUUGAUCCUCAUCAUUGUCAUCUAUGAGAAACACAAGAAGCCUGAUGACGUUCAAGAUGAUGAUGAAUCAGCUGGGCCAAUGAAAACUAAUUCAACUAACAAUCACAAAGACAAAAACCUACGUCAAAGGAAUACAAAUUAAAACCACUAGUACGACGAAUUCGAAGACAUUCAUAUCAUGACCAUUUGAACGUAACAGCUCAUUGUAUAAGAAAGCAAAUAUUUGGUGUUAAGAAAGUGUUUGUGAGGUGAAAUAUCAAUGACCACUCAAGGCAUGCCUUAUGAAUGUGAUGGCGAGAGGAUGUAUGCUGGGAAACGUUACUAAUAACAGUGUAAAUAUUAUGAACAUUUUCUUGCAUGAUUGUGUUGCUUUCGAUAUUUUUAUCUUUUCUCCAAAAUGCCUUUUGUUUUGUUUUUUCAUGUCAAAGAACUAGAGAUAUGUAGUGCAUGCAAUAUUAACCUACUGUCUGGGAAAGAUGUGAGGUUUUAUGUGUGUAUUUCAGUGUCAACACGUAAAUACUAUUAAUAAUUCAAUCAAAUCAUCAGCUUUGUGUUGUUAGCCAAUGGACCCCCAUGUUUCUUGUAUGACAGUUUUUGUACAGUUGAUCAUUUCACUGCAUAUCUUUUAGUAAAAUGGCUUACCUUUGCAUUAGUAACUUUAUUUAAGUCAUAGGUUUUAAUAAUGGAUAAGGGCUUUACAAUGUCCUGUAAUGAUUCAUUUUGACAUAUAUAUAUUGUACAUGAAUUUAUUUAUGUAUGUAUCCUGCCACUGGAGAUAUCCAUAGUUAUCUGAAUGUUAUCCAUCCUGAUGCACUAAGUGUUCAGACGAAUUCUGAAUUGGUAAUGUCAUUUUCUAAUGCUAAACCUUAUCUAUGACUCGGCUUUUUACAUAUGCAUACUAUACAGCAUGGCUUUUAUUCUAUGCAAUAUUUGUUCAUAAAUAUAUAAUUAUAUAUAUAUAUAUAUAUAUAUAUAUAUAUAUAUAUAUAUAUAUAUAUAUAUAUAUAUAUAUAUAUAUAUAGUAGAAUAAGCAUUUUUUACUAUUGGCUUUUAGUUGUGUGUUAAAGCUUUAAUAUAAUAGGUUUGCCAUUGAUAGCUAAGUGCACUGUUCAGACUAAGAAUGAGCCCUGGAAAUAUCCAGCUUCACACAGCACCAUUACAUCAAGAGCAAGAGCUCCCUGCCAGUGCAGAGGCCCAACGCUACAGACAAAAGAAACUGAGACAAAGCGGACGGUCAUAUAGCACUUCCAUAUCAUUUUUAACAAUUAAACAUUCUAAUAUUA